AUGUCGACCGUCCAGAGCGUCCAGUGUUUCGGCAAGAAGAAGACUGCCACUGCCGUCGCACACUGCAAGCAGGGCAAGGGCCUGAUCAAGGUCAACGGCAAGCCUCUUUCGCUCGUCGAGCCACAGAUCUUGCGAUUCAAGGUCUACGAGCCAGUUCUGCUUCUCGGAACUGACAAGUUUGCCGGUGUCGACAUCCGCGUCCGCGUCCGUGGUGGUGGACACACUUCCCAAGUCUACGCCAUCCGUCAAGCCAUCGCCAAGAGCAUCAUCGCCUACUACCAGAAGUACGUCGACGAGCACAGCAAGAACCAGCUCAAGCAGGCUCUGGUCGCGUACGACCGUACCCUGCUUGUUGCCGACAACAGACGCUGCGAGCCAAAGAAGUUUGGUGGUCCAGGUGCCCGUGCCAGGUACCAGAAGUCUUACAGAUAG